AUGAUGAAAUCUAAAGUUUUGAGUGGAUCAGCGAAAAGAAAGAAGAAAGAGAAGCAAACAAAAAAUAUUUUACUAACUAAUAAAAAAAUUAACAGUUUAUUUAGAUGCAUUCGACCUGGUAAUGAUAAAGAAGCCAAUGGUUUAGCUGAGAGCCAGAGUGACACUACGCUACAAGAAAAUUUGUUGGACAUCAGCACAAAUUGUGGAAUUGAAGAAAAAUUAAUUGAAGAAGCCAACGGUUCAGCUGAGAGCCAGAGUGAUAUUGUGCCACAUGAAAAUUUGUUAGACAUCAACACAAACUAUAAGAACUUCAACAGACACUUAACCCUAGCAAUGUUUACUCGAUCCUUACCUAGUGGACAAAAAUGUAAUAGAAAAUGGCUUCUCUAUUCACCUAGUCAAGGAUCUGUUUAUUGUUUUGUUUGUAAAUUGUAUGAAAGUUAUAGAGAGAAUCCCUUUAUUUCUGGUGGUUUUGAUAAAUGGAAAAAAUCUGAACGGAUUGGCGAACAUGAAAAUUGUCAACAACACAGAAAUGAUAUCAAUAAGUGGUUAUUAAGAUCUAAUACUAACAAUGCUGUUAAUAAAGAUUUAUGUCGUCAAAUUACUGCUGAAACGAAUUAUUGGUUUGAAGUAAUGAAAAGACUUUAA